AUGGGUUUCGGCUCCAAAUGGAGGACUUGGGUGAAAACUUGCAUUUCCACUACUUCCUUUGCAGUGAUUGUGAAUGGAGGGCCAUCUGAAUUUUUCUCUGCUUCUUGUGGGUUACGGCAAGGGGACCCUCUCUCCUCGUUACUAUUUAUUAUUGCAAUGGAGACUCUAAAUGGUUUGCUGUGCAAGGCCAAAGGACUGGAUUUAUUGAAAGACGUUAAGGUUGGGAAAAGAUUGAAUGUUCUUGAUGUUACACACCUGUUCUUUGCUGAUGACACCCUCAUAUUUGCCCGGAUACCAAAAACCUCUUAUAUCUGCGAUGCAUUCUCCACUGUUUUCAAAACUUUUUCUGAAUUGAAAAUUAAUCUGUUAAAAUCUGAAUUGGCUAGGACUGGUGGUGAGGGGGAUGGUAGCAACUAUGCUAAGGUGCUGGGUUGCAAAUUGGUGAUGUUCCCUUUGAAAUAUCUAGGGGUACCAUUGGGUGCAAAAUUUAAAGACAAGUGCACUUGGGAACCGGUUAUUGAAUUGUUUGAAAAUAGACUUGCAAGGUGGAAGAAGAAUUUUCUUUCCAAGAGGGGGCGUCUCACUUUAAUAAACAGCACGUUGGCCAACCUUCCCAUCUACUACCUUUCGACCCUUACAAUCCCUAAAGAAAUUGCGAAGAAACUAGAAACAAUUCAACGUAAUUUUCUUUGGGGUGAUGAUGAGGGGCAUAAGAAGUAUCACUUGGUUAGUUGGGAAGAGAUAAAAAAACCGGUUCUUAGGGGUGGUUUGGGCAUAAGAUCUCUUGUCUACUUGAACAUGGCUCUUCAAGGAAAAUGGCUUUGGAAAUUUUUGACAGAGGAGGACAAAAUAUGGAGGAAAAUUGUGUUUGUUCGUUGGGGUGGACCGGAUUCAGUUGGGGCUGGGGCUGGCUACAGGCCACAUGGGCAUGGAUUGUAG